AUGGCUUGUCGCCAAUUUGGAGGUAGAGUUGCUAGAUCUUUCAUACUGGGUAUUGUGAGAUCAUGUGAGAUACAGGAGGUGUUAUGGCCUUCUUUAGCUAAGUGGAUGUUGAGCGGCGCAAGGAGGUGCACCUGCACCUUCGGUUGUCGAAAAACUCCAUUAGAGCUGAUGAAGUUGCAUCUCUGCUUCAGACCAGCGAGGCACACCACAUGUUUGAUGAAAUGCGCAAACCACUGGGAGUUGCGCUGCUGCUAG